AUGUAUUCGCUGCGUGACAUUUUAAGCGGUUAUGUGAAGAAAGAGCGGAACGCGGAGGGAUCACCUUGCAACGAACAAAGUAGCAAAACAUUGUUCUCCAAAGAAACCUUUGAGUGUUCCAUGGAAAAUGGAAACCCUGUGUCUUCUCGUGCGUCUGACCUUGAACUUGGUCACCAAACUGAUUCGUUACCAGACACCUUCGAAUGCUCCAAAGAAAGUGGAAACCCUGCGCCUUUCCGUGCACGUGAUUGUGGGCUUGAUCACCAAGCUGGUUCAUCACCACUUACAUCAACACAUCUGGUAUCUUUGCGAGAGAGAAUAAGCCCAGAGGAAGACUAUUCUAAUAUUCGAAAACGCAAUGUUCAAGGAAUAUUGCCUGACAGAAAAAGGUUCAAGGACGAUUUAGUACGCCGAAACAGAGAGACAAUGACUUCAACUAGUUGUAGUACGGCAACUUUAAUGGCACUUAAAUCAGCUUAUCCAGUACCCUUUUCCGGAGAAGAGAGCACUCAAGAAUAUACCUAUGAUCAAAUGAGCAACAUGAUGUCCAGUUACCAGAAAAAUUCGCCACCUUUUAAAUCAGCUAUUAAGCCACUUCCUUCACGAGGCAAUUCUUACGCCAAAGAAGACGAGUCACGGAUUCAAUUGAGCCAAGUUUAUAAGAAUCCGUACAACGCAAAAGCUGUGAAGGCUUUUAUUGAUGCUCUAACCAAAAAACAAUGUCAAUUUUCAUUUAAACAAGGAAGUGACCAAACUUCUGGGCACAGCAAACACCAGGAAAUGUUAUCUGAAGAGCAGCCAAUUAAACAGAAUAGGAAAACGUUGUUCACAAAUGGAUCAGGCAUUUUAAAAAGGAACCAGUUCACUAAAUUAACCGCACCAAAAAGGGAUUUGUCGAGGUCCCACCCGACCCGCGAGACAAGUAAUUUUCAGAGUACAAUGUUACCGAGGAGAGAUCAAUUUCCAGACAUGGGUGCUACAAGCAAAAAUGGGUCAGUCUACCGACAUGAAACCGAGAAUUAUUCCUUUCACAAUAGCUCCCUUGAAAUUAUUCCAUGUUAUCAUGUUUACAAUAUAAGGCCCUCUACGCCAAAUUCUCAUUUCACAGUCACACCACAACACUUCCGUGUCAUGGAGGAAAUCGCCCAACAGGACGACCUUGCGAAUAAAAUCGGAGUAUGCAAGCCUGAAAUAUCUUUCCUCAAUGAGAAAGGAAAGCAAUGUUCGCAGAAAUUUAUCUCCGGGAUAUCAAAAAACCUCACAAGAGGCGGCGCCAGUAGUUGUCAGUCGUACCGUCAGGAGCAGCCACGCGCCCACCCUGCACCGUCUGCAGAAAACCAACGCCCCUCAGUGAUCAUGGUUCCCGCAAGCUGGAGUAAUAUAUCUUCCAGAGAAUCCCAUGUCCCACUGAAGGUAAUUAAUUCUAAAAUAUAACUUGGCAGUUUAAAGUUGUCAUAAGAAAGAGCUUAAAGAGUUCUUUUGAGCCUGAAGAUUAAAGUGAAGCCCCACUCCUAUUUUCACGGUUAGAAUAGCCACGAAUUCUGCCUGCGCGCCAUACUGGUAUCCUCGUAGCACCCCAGGGAAUUACAGACAAUCGAGUGGAAGUCUCAGGGGAGUCCUUCUUUCUAUUUAAGCCAUCUUUCCCGCGAUUUCAGUCUCUUUUGCCAAGUAAGGCCUUUCUUAGCCGGGUUAUAAUUUUGGUUUUACCUCGGUCUAGCUAUUAUUUUCCUUGGCUCUAUUGUGUUGACUUCUCAGUGGCUUCUUUGUAUUCAUUGUUUUACGUCACUCGUGAGUUUCACAGGCUUUUACACCGUGGAUGAGCCAUAAUUUUUUACCUUCCCACCUCCCCUUCGGCGACGCGGUGUACCCCCCUCUCCAUUCUCUGUCUUACUAACCCUCUGCCUUUGCAAAAUCUCGCUUCCCUUAACUUAUUUUGCGAACGCAGAAAGUGGUUGUUCUGGUAUACUAGAUUCCCCUCUUAGUGGACCAAGAUUCAUUUCUCUUCUUGUUAUUUUGUUCUACUUACACGGUCUGCAAGCAGUUCCUUUUUUUCAUUGUUGAUUUGCAUUCUUGCACUGUUGAAUAGCUGUGCAAGAAUGUUUUUUACCUGUAAUUUUAAAUAAAAACGUUAAACUGUUUUUAUCUUAUUUUUCCAGAGAGUUUGACUCACUUUACGGUAUCAAUAAUUGAAAAGAAAAUUCCCUUCCAGCCCUUCUUCUCAUCCCCAUAAAGGAUACAUAAGCCUUAUAUUAUGUCUUAUUUAUUUGUAAUUACACUAUUUAUUUCGCUUGAAAAAUCUUCAUAUUUGAGUCUUGAAACCUGUCGUAGUAACAACUAAAUACGUGCACGCAUUUUUUUUGACAAUCAUUCAGUUAACUUACAGAAAUGUUAGUCAGUUGCAGUGUUGUUCAAAAAAUAUAAAUGGGAGACAAACCUUCCUGCUAUGUUUAUUUUUAUUGAAAGCUCUCUCCCUUUUCCAGGUAGAUGCAUCCUUUACUGAGCGGUCAGAUGGGCAGAAGGUAAGUGCUCAAGCGGAGUUUUAUCGUUUGUUUGUUCAGUUUAUUUGAGAAAGGAUUCAUUAACUUUGGGGCCGCCUAAAACGUAGCCUGAGAAAACAGCCUACAUUUCGCCUCGCGACCACUGGUUUCCCGCCGAAAUGACAUCGGAGGAACGAGUGCAGAAAUUCCAUAAAAUUCCAUACUGAUGACGUAUCACUACCCAGUACUUUCGAUUCGUCCUGGCUUCAACCAAUCAGAGUCACUACCCAGAUUUGUUUAGUGGCACGUCCGCAGUACGGCCUUUCUGAAGUCGUUCCUCAGACGUCAUUUCGCGGGGAAAGCAGUCACAGUGGCGUCAGCUGUAAAUCAUAACAAACAAUUUUUAUCAUAUUUAGAUAGUCUUCUCACAAAGCAGUGCCUUUUUCACAGGAUAACGUGGUCGAUUUAGAUUCAUCUGACGAUGAUGAUGGAGAAAAAGAAAAAUACUUCCAAGUGAACAUGGAUGGCAAAACUGCAACUUUUAAGUUGACUAAAGAAGACUGGAACAGAAUUCCAAUAAGUACUUUUCCAAGCGGUGGUCGACUGCUCUCAGGGGACUGGCGAAAAAUUUUCGUCAACAAAGUUAAAGAGAGCAACCCAUGGUGCAGUCUGCGCUUCAAAAAUAAUCACGUGAGAUCAGAAAACUCGCGCAAGAUCUACUCAGCGGUCUUUUUCAGAGGGGCCGCAGAAUGCAAGCGACCAGAGUGCAAUGUGAAAGUGCGAUUUGUUAUCCAGAAAGAGAAAGGAAAAUAUGUG